AUGGAUUCAAGUAAUCACCCGUUGCCAGCUCCAUCGGGCGGACAACGACCUGGGCAGCAAAGACCGCGCGCAAAGUCAGGAUUCAGCUUUCAUUCACAUAAAAGCUCUGGCAGCGCAGACAACGGAAAGCUUAAGCUUGUGGAAUCACACGGAGAGAAAGAGGCCAACAGACUUCAUUCCAAAGCAGAUCCAUCGAUGGCUCUCUCAGAGGCUGAACCGUCCGAAAUUGCCAACGACUUUAGAUCAUCGUUGCAGUCAAUUCGAGGCAUACAACAUCGAGACUCGCAAGGAAUUCCAAUCGCUGAUCCAGAUCGAUCGAACCCAACGCGAAACCGAUGGGAGCGACCUCUUGACACGAUCCGGGCUUUCGAAGCAGCCAUUGAUGGUAACUACCGCAAAUCAUAUAUUCAUUCCGACUCCUCGGACAUCCAAUCGAACUAUAAUCGUCGUAGUAGCUAUUAUGGAGGAACCCAGGUUUCUCACGAUGAUCGACCACGGUACAUCCCGAAUGCUGGCAGAUCAAUGUCCUACACACCGAGACCUGAGAGUACUUAUGGAUAUAAUCGCCCUGGACGCGAGAGUUAUUAUGGCUCAGGAGACGGGACUCCAUACAAUGCCGCAGGUCCCAGUAACGGUUACUAUCCCAACCGAGCGCGGUACCCACGAACCGCGUCUGAGCCGCAAUUCAAUAAUGGAGUUUAUCCUAGUCCCGGUAACCAGCAAUCGUAUGAGACAGUGACAACAGCGUCAGGAAGCGGUAGUGAUCCAAUUGGUUAUUCAACAGACCCAAGUAGCGAGAACAGCUCGGUGGACCGCAUCGCACCCCAAGUGCCAAUCAAGGAGCCGCAAGAAACAUAUGGAUUCAAUGGCUUUGGCACAACGCCACAAUUUGCGCCACAAGCGAAUGGAAUGAAUGGGCAACGUGGCCCUCAUGGAUACGUAGAACAACAAGGACCGCCUCCUCCAAGGAAACUGGGAAAGUCAUCCCCCAGCCAGCCGAUGAAACUCGGCGACACGAGUGGGAAUGUUGGCCCUCCCCCAACGCAACGUCCAGACGUUGGAGAAAAACGAAAGUCGUGGUUCGGCAAGCGGUUCUCGAAAUCGAAGUGA